AUUUCCUUCUUUCGUUUUUAUUUCGUUCAUCUCGGGACGGUGAUCUGGACAAGGAUUCAACUGUGCCCCGGCUGAUAGUCAAACGGAGAAUUAGUACUCCAGAUUAGCAUCUAUACUCAUUGUAAAGACGGAGCUUUGUUGGCGCCGUAUUUUCUGAUGAGGAUUUGAAGAUUAUUUUUACUAUGGAAUUAGACCAGGAAACCCCCGCCCCAAUAACCAACGGAGGCACUGCAAGCAAGCAAGAAAAUUCGGAACCAACUAAUGUAGAAAAAGAGACUGAAUCUCCUUCAGAAACACAGACUGAAACACUUUUAGAAACACAGACUGAACCUGCCUCAGAGGAAAAAAUGGAGACUGAAGAAAAUGAAGAGCCACCACUUGAAGAACAGCCAAAUACCACGUUUACGAUCUACAGUCAGGAGGAAAUGAACGCCUUCAUGUUGAGGCUUGACGACGUGGAUAACCCAGAGAUGAAGGAUGCAGCAGUAUCUCUCAUGCACGAGGCGAAGUUUCCUAGCAUGGAAAUGCACAAAGUGGCUGUCAUGGAAAACUUCCGUCCGAAAGAAGUAACACUGGUGUUUGAUCAUCAGAAAGAAUUAGUGAAAAUUGGUGACAGGACUAUCAAAAGCCGGCGGAUCAGGUUCGCUUGUCUCAACAGGAUUGAAAACACUACAUUUGGUUAUGAGGUUGUGUUAUCGUUCCUUACAAAAGAAAAGAAAAUCAGGGUUUUACACUUCCUGAAUCCUGACAACGCCAUGAGUUUGGUUGCUUCCCUGAACAGCUUCCGACGGUUGACAUAUACGCUUUGUAAGGACAUUUUGGCAACCGCGGACGAGUUUGGGAAAGCUCUUCGGCAAUCUUCGCCAAUUUUUACAGGAUCUCUCAAGAAUGUAUCUAUUUACAAUUUGGAAACAAAAACAUACGAAUCGCAAAAUGAUUGCAUGUACGUUUAUCUGGACACUGCAUGUCUGAUGAUCCUACCAUCCCAGUUCUGGGAAGACUCCCCGUACCAGAUGUACUUCUGGAAGGAAGCCGUUACAGGUAGUGUAGACAGAAUAAUGGUACUACACGAGAAAGGGACCCUGCACGUAGAAACACAGAAAUUCAGACUGGAAAUACCACAGUACAAUGAAGAUCCAGCAAAAAGUUUUUUCGAGUGUAUUCGCGGACUAAAACCUGUGCCCCAGGGAAGUUUUACAGACCUUGUUGGACGACUGAAAAAGAUUCAGAAUCCGGACACUCCUGUCCCAGUCAAAUCACCAGCAGAUGGAGGGAUCGGAGCUCGGGCCAUUAACGCUCCCGCACGUUCAGGCUCACAACCAACAACAGGUGAGCUCCAGCAACCAUAUUACUACGACAACAGGACGGACACGGACAACAUCAGACUCAAGUCUUUCCUAGAUGACUUACGUUCUGCCGUGACCAGGUUUGAGAACCAGGAUGAGAUUGCGUUACCAUGGGUGAUUGCUGAGGAUGAAAUAAGAAGGAUGUUGGAUGAAGGGUUUGUGCCCGAAACUGACAUUAUGAGUGGAGGACUGAACCCCAACAAUCUAGAUCAUUUCAUGAAGUGUGAAGAAGAGAUAGAACACCAGCUUGUCCAGCAGCAGUACGAUAGAGCAUUGUCUAGGUUACAAGGAACCAAGCAAGUUUUCAUGGAAAGUGAUCUGCUGGAAAUGAAAAUUCUUCUGCGCAUUGAUGAUAUUACACUUCUGAAACAGAUGUACUUCCAUUCCUUCGCCUAGAGAUAUGCACAUUCCUUCACUUAGAGAUUCACACAUAAUUAAACUAAAAUUCCAUUGGACAGUUAGCAACACCUAGGUAGUUGAAUAUACUUUUUCUGCAAAGUACAAGUUGCUUUGAAAUCACCUUCUUCCAAUACAUUUUAUCAUACCAGGUUUCAAAAAAAAAAAAAAAAGUUCGAUUUUGGCAAUGCUGGAUAGAAUGGGAUUUUUCUGUAAUGAACUGAAUUCCUAUACCGAACUACAGGAAAAUAUUCACUAAAGUUCUUAAUAAAACCAUUUUGCCAUGCAUGGUAAUUUUGUUUUUUACAUAAAGCAUACGUAUGCUACAUGUAUUUUAGUUUUCAAAUGAAAAACAAAAUUGUUGAUGUUAAAAAAAGGACUUAGUACUUAGUUAAUGUGUAAUUAUGAAACUUAUCAAUUGAAAAAACGUUUUAAGAUAAAAUAAAAUAAAAUCUUUAAACAGUGACUAAUUCGAGGCAAGUGCUCGAAGUGCAAAUACACUUCUAAACAUCUUUAAAAGAUAUACUUUUUUUUUUUUUUUUAUAUCAAUUACUUUUAACCUGUUUCAUUCUAGGCAUGACAAGCCCAGUUGUUAUUUAGUCAACCGUCAUGUUUGAUUGAAAAUAAUCCCACAUGUGUUUUUGUUAUAUUUUAAGAGAUCAGUUUUCCUUUAUAUAUUUACCUUCACCUACAUUUCUUUUAUCUUUUGUACAGUUACACAUAAACAUACGACAGCAAAAUGUAAUAUUUCAUAUAUAUGUAUAACAAAAGAUUGUUUCUCAGACAUAACAAUUCCAACUCGUCAUAAGGCAGCCAUCCUACACCCAGAACUGACUGUUAAUUCUGAAAGGUACUAUAAUCUAGUAUGGUAUUACUUUUAUCCGUUACCUACUAUAAAUGUCUCAACAUAGAUAAUACAUGCACCUAAGUAUUUUUAAGAUAUGUUCAGUAGCCUUAUGGAAACAUAAAAUAAUUACUUUGUUGUUCGUGAAUGCAUAAGUAAACAUUUCCAAGCUAAUGGUUGUAUAAAAACAUAAAAUAAAUAAUAUAGAAACAAAUAUUCGUAAAAGUCCUUGGCCAUUGUAGAGGUGCCAUCUGUGUUGAUCAAUAACGAAAUGGAAUUCUUAUACGUACACACUAUACAAUAGAAUACAUUGUGUUUUUUUGUACUUCCUAUAGUCAGACCAGUGGUUUUCAGUUUCUCGUCCGUUUUUUACCUCCGACAGUAUGUCCGUUAGUAAAUAGUAUCUAUCGUAACUCCUGUGGUGCAGAGCUACUUGGGUAACUGGACCAGAACCCUUUACCUCUAUUUUGUUGAUCUCGGAUACACAAGAGUCCCCCAGCUUUUUUGCAUCGAUGUCUUUUUCGACGUUGCUUUAUUACUUUAAUGUCACCUGGUCACCCAGAGCUUUUUCAGACUGUAUGUUACAUAUCCCAGCUUCUCAUAAUCCAGGCCGUAAUGUGUCUAUGUUGUUAAUCUCUUCUUUCAAAGAUUUAUGUUUUAUUCUGACUAUUAGAGUAAGUUUAUUUCGUUUUCUUAAUUCAAAACGUAUUCUAAGAAUUUGUUUUUGUACUGUGGGUGGAUUGAAUGGUUUUAAUAUAUUUUUCUCGUGAGUUUUAUUUUAUGGUGUAACAAAUCAGUAAGUAGUCCUAUCAUUGUCUGUCUAUUACUUAACCUUCCGAUAUUAGCCAAUCCUGCUUCCGCUAACAACGGUUCCGCAUUACUUUUCACAGAUCACAGAUUUCAAUUGCAUAAUAAUCACAGAUUUAUCAUAGUAUUUAGAUUAUCACAUCAAUGUUCAUAUCACAAAUUUUUUGAGCACUAUAAAUACAAUGGAUCAUGAUGACUAAGCUUUAACCUAGGAUAUCCCAUGAAAGCUGGGUGGCAGCUUAUUUCCAAAUGGGUCCUCUAGUAAAGAUCUUAAUUACUUAGACAACAAAAGGUCCUAAGAUUUGACAAUAUAAGAUGGUACAAUUUCUCGUAAUAGUAUAUACAUGAAUAGAAUAAGUUGUACUAAUUGGUCAAAAAUGAUGAUGUUAUAUUAUUUCAUCAAAAUAAGAUGUUAUAUUAUUUGACAGUAUAAGAUGGAGUUGUGUUUUACGUAUCAUUAGAAAUAAGAUUGCCUUCUAAUAAUAUAUAUAUAUGUGGGGUUGUGCAGGAUGUUAUUUCCGCUUGUAAUAUUAAAAUAACAAUGAUAUGUAUUACUGUUUAUAUCAUAAUGCAAGAUGAUGUCAUUCUUGUAGAUAUUUUGUAACAAUAUAAGAUGGUGUUAGGCCAUAUACAUUUAUACUGUGUUACUCGUGUGUAGAACAGACAACAGGUGGUUGGGCCAAUCCCUACCAACCUAUUAUCUGUCUAUCAAAUUAUAACAAUUUGGGGUAUAAUACAUAUAUAUAAAUGACUUAUUAUUAAAAUAAAGACUGAGGAUGAUGGUUAUAAAAUCUUCCAUAACAUUUUUAAAAAGUACAUAUUGAAUUUGUAGUCACCAAAAAUAGUAUAACUAGAACAAAAUUCCAGCCUCAUUUGAAUGAGAUUGGAAAAUAAAACAUUGCAAAGUAGUACUUUAGUUAAAAUUUUGGUAAUACAUAUAGUUAUUAGUAGAAGUUUAGAGUCUCCCACUAGGAUAGAAUAAAAAUUACCUUUAGAAGAUGAAUUCUUUCUCAAAAUCAGUUUUUGCCAAAUCUUGUAAGUGCUUUUUUUUUUUAUCUCGCUUUUGAAUUUCAUCUUUUGAUCUACAGAUUUUAUUGAAUGUGCAAAGUUAUUCCAAUCUUUGAUAGCAUUAUAGAAAAAUGAUGACGAUUCCACACCAUUUAUAUAAGAAAUGUUGAAAUUCAGAUCACUGUUCCUGGUAAAGUGUUUUUUCUCUGUUCUAGUAAAAUAUUCUUUCAUAUACAUGUAGGAUGGACAUUUGUUAUGUUGAAUAUUAAAGACAUGGUUAAAACGGAGCUGUUUCACCCUGCCCCCAACAUCCAACAUAUUAGCUUAUUUCAAUUCCCGGUGGGUGACUCUUGAUCUGUUGUUAAGUUUCAGAAUAAAUCUGACCACUUUAUUCUGGGUAAUUUGAAGUUUUUGUCGAAGUUUUUUUGAUAAGCUUUCGAACCAGCAGCUAGAAGCAUAGUCAAAAUGACAUUGGAUCAGUGCCGACACCAGGGUUUUUCUUGAUCUAAUAUUGAGACAGUCGCUGUGUCUAUAUAGAAACCACUAUCUCUGGUUCACUUUUUUUAUAAUACAAUUUGUUCUCCAGAUAAAAAGUUGUCCGAUAUAAUACCAAGAUAUUUAACACACACCUGAGGCAUAAUUAUAUUACCCUAACAUGAAACAGAAACUUAGCCUUCAGGUAAUUUGGAAAGUUUCCUUUUGGGGCCAAACAAAAUACUCUCUGUUUUUCCAAGAUGUAAGGAUAGUUUAUUAUCAGUUAGCCAAUCGUGACAUGACUCUAAGUCUUUACUUAGAAAUUUUGAAAUAAUUUUUGGGUCUUUGUUUGAGAAGAUAAUUGCACUGUCAUCUGCGUACAGAAAUAAUUUGCAUCCUAGGUCAAUACUGAUCCGCAUGUCAUUUACAUAAAUGAGAAAAAGAAGGGGUCCCAAUAAACUCCCUUGGGGUACUCCGCAUGUUAUAUUACAAAUACCCGAGUUCACAUUAUUGAUAUUAACUAAUUGUUUCCUGUUGGUAGGGUAUGAUGUGAACCACUCCACCGACUCAAUGCCAAUUACCCCAAGUUUAUCACACAAAAUCCCAUGGUCAACUGUAUCAAAGGCCUUCUGUAAGUCUAGUAAUACCAUUCCAGUGAAGAGACCUUUAGACGUCUGGGACUUCAUGUGAUCAACCAGGUGAAUUAAACAGGAGUCAGUGGAAUAGGAUUUUCUAAAACCAGAGUGGAACUCAUACAAAAAUUGAAAAAUACGAAAUUGUUCAAGUUGUUUAUGAAUUGCCAUUUCUAGAAUUUUUGAAACAAUACUCAAAAUACUAACAGGUCUGUAAUUUUCAGCCUUCAAUUUAUCUUUUUUCUUGAGUAGUGGUUUUACCUUCGCAAUCUUGAGAUCACCUGGUACAACAUUUUCAGAUAUGGACAUAUUUAUCAAAAAUAUUACAGUCACCUUGAUUACUGAUGCAGCAUCUUUCAGAAACCAAGCUGGAAUACAAUCCAGAUCAGUAUUUAAGGAACUUUGUAAUCUCAAUAUCACAAUAAGUGUGAUAUUGAGAUUACAAAGUUCCUUAAAUACAAAAUUUUCAGAAACAUGUUUGAGGUGAAGUUGGUUUUGUUUUGGAUUUCUCCUAGUGUAGAAAGACUUUAUCAAAUUUUGUGAGGUUUUGAAUAAGCCUUUACAUGGAGUAAGGCCUUCAACAAGUUUGAAAGCAAUGGUUGUAAAACAAAUGUUAAAAUGAUUUGCAAUGGUUAGUUUUCAUGACAAUUUUCACCAUCAAUGUUCAAAACUAUAUUCAUAUUCGUUUUUCUUUUUGUUUCAUAUACCAAAUUUUUGAAAUGUUUCCAUAAGUUUUUUGAAUCAUUUUUGUUUUCCUCAAUCUUUUAGCUUUUCUUACCAUUCUCUGCACAUGAUUUCUAUGUUUGCAGUAAUGUUUAUAGUCGGAGGUUUGGCCAAAUUUUCUAAAUGUGUGCAAAAAAUGUAUCCCUAGUUCUUAUCUCUUCAAGAAUUUCUGCCGUCAUCCACGGUUCUGUUUUUAGCUUAAGUCUUAUUUCCUUCAAAGGAGCAGUAUAAUCUAAAGCUUUCAUAACAAUAUUAUGAAAUGAUUUCCAGCAUUCAUUUAAAUGAUCAGCAAACCUACAUUUCUCCAAUGGAGCCUCCAAAAGAAGUUUCUCAAAAGAAUAUUUUGUAUAGUUUUUGGUGGAACGAAUAUGAAUGUUGUUAUGCUUAUUAAAAACACAUUUAGAGUAUUUUCUGGUACAGAAUAUUAAAAAGUGGUCGCUGAGACCUAUCGAUAAUACGCCGGAUUGACAAAAAAAUUCAGCAGUUUGCUUUUGCACUUCUUAGUGAUAUCCAAGCAGAAUGAGCAUCAGUGAUUUCAGAAAAAUUGCAUGCUAGUUCCUUUUUCAAUUAAUUCCAAUCUCAUAUAAUUGACUUUUAAAUAUUGGUAUUAGAAUUAGCUUACCUUAGCUGUUCUUGUCGCUUACUAGGUACAACCAGUAUUCCACUGCACCUAGUCUUUUGGGGAGUUGCGGUUUCAGGAAAGUGAACCCAACCGAAAAAUGAUUACUGCAUUAUUAAUUGGGUUUGGUGUUUUUAUCGUCUGCUGGAUAACCGAACUACUCGGUAGUGAAGCGGACGUAAAACCUAUCAAUCAAUCAAUCAAUAAAUCAAUCAGGUGUGUAUAUUUAUAACUAAUUAAUCAAAUUCGAACGAAUAACGAUGACAAAAACGGCAGAUAUCUCGAUUUUCACAAUUUUACACCAUAAUCAGCAUCCAUUUUGAAGCUUCUUCUGUAUCUGCCAUUUUGAAGAUAUUUUAAAAUUAUUUUAUAUUUCGUGACAUUUUCCUGUUUGAUCCUUGGUUACGGAAGCUAAAACCUCACGCAUAUAACACACCGAGCUGAAACUCGGAUUACAAGUUCCCGGGUGCUAUUCAGUAUUUACUGGAGAUACACAUGUACACCCCAAGAUGGUAUAGUGGUAUUUCUAGAGGU